AGAUGGUUCUGAAGACGCGGUGAAAAGAAACGCUAUCGUAUUGUGGCGACGACUCAACAAUAUUACAGUUAAAAGUGUUUCUUUUCACAGAAUAUGAGUGCGACGGUAUACACUUGAUCAACGUAACGCUGGUGCUGGGACGUUUGACGCGUAAAUAAGUGAAUGUGUACUACGUGUUCAACAAGCUUACGCGUAACCGCCAAAAUUACAGACGGAAACGCCAUCUUAUGAAAGGAUGUUGACAUUUUACUGAAUUGGGAAAGAUUCUAUGAUUGCCGUUUUAUUCGAGUCCUACGACUCGACUCGUCUACGAAUGUCAGAAAAUGCUAACAUUACUUGCUAAUUGACACGUCAUCUGAUUUUUUUACUACAAGCAGUUGAUAUAACACGGAAUCAUAAUGUUUUACGCACAUUUCGUGUUGGCGAAAAAAGGGCCGUUGGCCCGUAUUUGGUUAGCCGCUCAUUGGGACAAGAAGUUGACAAAGGCGCAUGUAUUUGAAACGAACAUCGAAAAAUCUGUAGAUGGUAUAUUACAGCCAAAGGUAAAAAUGGCUUUAAGAACAUCUGGACAUUUGUUGUUGGGUGUAGUACGCAUUUACUCUCGAAAAGCUAAAUAUCUCUUAGCGGAUUGUAAUGAAGCUUUUGUGAAAAUAAAAAUGGCCUUUAGGCCAGGCAUGGUUGAUUUACCAGAAGAACACAGAGAAGCAGCUGUAACAGCUAUAACAUUACCCGAAGUAUUUCAUGAUUUUGAUACAGCAAUGCCUGAAUUAAAAGAUGUUGAUAUUGAAGCACAGUUUAGUUUAAAUCAAUCACGAGCCGAGGAAAUAACUAUGAGAGAAGAUUAUGGUACCUUAGCCUUAGUUACACACGAUGAAGGCUUUGGUGAUAUGGGUUUCGAUGCAGAACCACCAGAAUUAUUAAGACAUGCUGCUGCUGUAGAACCAUCGUUAGAUCAGACUCACAUGUUGUUCGCUGAAGGGAUUGAAGCAGCAUUAGAACAAAAGGAAAAGGAGCCUGUUGCAGGUCCAUCGGUAACAGCGCAAGCCAUGGACAUAGAUAUGCCUAUAAGAGAUGAUGGUUUUGGAGGACAUCUUGGUGAAGAUAUCAUAUCUGGUGGCCUGUUCGAGGGCGGUUUGUUUGAUGAAGCACCAAUGGGUGAAGUACCUGUACCUGAAGUUAGUGCCGUAGUAGAACCCCACGAACCAGCAGUAUCUGGAGCUGCACCUCCAAUAAACGAAGAAUCUGAGGAAGAAAUGGGACCUCCAUCUCCUAUGGGAGGAAUGAGUGAUGACUCCAGACCUGCUUCUCCUGCCGUAAUUGGAGAAGAAAUUGAUGGAAGAAUAAGUGUUGCAAGUCGUCGUAUUACUCCUGCUCCACCAUCUAUUCCCGAAGAACGUCCAAUGGAAACUAUCGAAGAGAGUUUUGCUCUUGCGCCAGUUGAUACAUCUGCAUUGAAAGGAUUCACAAAAGCAAAACGUAAACGCAAGCUUAUUGUUGACGAAGUGAAAAAUAUUUCUGGCGAAGAAAUGAAAGCACAAUUAUCAGACACCAGUGAUAUUAUAACUACAUUAGACUUAGCGCCUCCGACAAAGAGGCUCAUGCACUGGAAAGAAACAGGCGGAGUCGAAAAAUUGUUUGCUUUACCGGGAAGACCAAUACCAGCGCGUGUAUUGUUUAAGAACUAUCAACGGCAUCUUACAAGCAAGUCGUAUGACCACGAGGACUUCGGACGUUUAGCAGGUGAAGAGGAGGGUAUGCCCUUAGAACAAAUGAGGGAACCCGUAGAACUAGAUACAUACGAACAAAGUAUUUUAAGUAAGCGUAUGUCCCGAAAGCGGAAGAUACCAUUCGAGGAAGAGAUUAGGCCACCACCUCCAGCACCAGCACCUCCCCCAGCAGAAGCGGCUCCUGAAGCUGUCGAAGUCCCAAGUAUAGUUCCCCCACCUCCCGCAGAAUCGCCAAUACCUCUUCCUGAGGUGUCGUUACCAGCGGAACCGUCGAUUUCUGAGAUCAGCGGUAUAGUACCUCCUGCCGAAGAAGCGGAAAUAAUUCCACCAACUCCUGAAGUACCUUUAAUACCACCCGAAAUACCACCAACUGAAGCCGUUGUUACACCUGAAGAACCAACUGUCUCGCCCACCUUAACAGAACCAGAACUCCCUGCUGCACCACCUACCGAAAUGCCUCAAAUGGAAAAUAUGGGCUAUGAUCAGGCUCAACCUCCUGUACCAUAUGUGGGAUAUGAUGAGCAUCCCCCACCGCCCACAACACCCGCCGUGUCAGAAAGGGGGCCGCCGACUCCAUGGAUACACGAGGACUAUGAAUUCCCACCAUCUGUAGGACCUCAAGAGGAACAACAAGUAGAUGAAACAUACGAACAAUUCGAGGAACGAGUCCUUAACAAGAGAGCAGCGCACAUGUAUCAUGUUAUUAAGAGCAAACUGGAUACCAAAGAUAGAUUGACGUUAUCAGAAAUGGCAUACAAAAAUAAUCGCAAACAGGUUGCACAAAAGUUCUAUACUUUGUUAGUCCUUAAAAAGUUUCAAGUGUUGGAACUCCAUCAAGAAUACCCGUACGCUGAGAUUUUAGUCAGUAAAGGACCAAAAUUCGAGAACCCUGCAUUAUAAGAGUAUUAGGUAUAUUUAAUACCUUAUGUUUAUUACUAAAAGUGAUCGAGUAAGGAAGAGGAUUGUAGUUAUUCUGGAUCGUACAGAAAAUGAAGCGAUUUAUCUAAAUUCUUUUGAUAGAUAAAUUGUAAAAUAAUAUAUGAAGCCACUGACAGAAACAUGGAAUAUCUAUUAAGAUAAAAGAAUUUUGUAAAUCAUGUUUUCAAUUCCUGAUUCAGAAAUGUAUACGUUUUGUAUAAAUCAGGAAAACAUUGUUUUGGACCUUCCCCAAUUUUA